AGAAGCCGUUGGCCGUUGGGGGAAAAGAGGCGGUUGCUGGUGUCUGGCGGCGAGUGCCUCCCUCGCGCGCCUCAGGACAGGAGGGGCCAUGAGGAGGAGGAGGAGGAGGAGGAGGAGGAAGAGGCUCGGGGACGAAGGGAUGGCCGCUGGGGCCGAGGCGUCUUCUUGGCGCUUCCCUCCGGCGCCGGACCCCUGAGAGCCAGAGGGAGAGGGAGAGAGGGAGGAAGGGCCGCCUCCUCCUCCUGGGUCGUCUCCUUGGCCCACCCGCCCCGCUGCCGUCCUCGAUGUCUCCCCCGCCGAGGGGAGCCCACCGGACCCGCGCCUCCCCGUCGCCCCCCCGCCGGCCCCCGAGGCCUCCUGCUCCUGCUCCUGGCCAGAGCCCCGGAGCCGCCAGGGCCCCUUCCACCGCGGCCAUGAAGGCGGAGGCGGCGGACAGCGGCAUGGUCAACCUCUCCGUCCAGCAGGUGCUCAGCCUCUGGGCCCACGGCACCGCCCUCCGGCACCUCACCGAAAUGUGGUACUGGGUUUUCCUAUGGGCUCUCUUCUCCUCUCUCUUUGUCCAUGGUGCUGCAGGAGUUUUAAUGUUUGUGAUGUUACAAAGGCAUAGGCAAGGAAGAGUAAUCUCUGUCAUUGUGAUCAGCAUUGGAUUUUUGGGUUCUGUAACUGGAGCAAUGAUAACCAGUGCAGCUGUGGCAGGAAUUUACAGAGUAGCUGGGAAAAGUAUGGCUCCUUUGGAAGCACUUGUGUUUGGAGUAGGGCAGACUGUACUGACACUAAUAAUUUCAUUUUCAAGGAUUCUUGCUACACUUUGAAUCUUCUGUGAAGCUGUUUAUAAAAGGAGAAAGUCUGCUUUGAAGCUUUAGUAGCUGAUGGUUUGGAAAUGCAACAAGAAAUACUACAUGGACUGAAAAGUUAGAGGUCUCAUCCAUUUGGAAAGUACUUCCCUCUACAGUCCAAAAAUGACACACUACUGCACUGCACCUAAUGUGCCUCUGUCAUAGGCAAAGUGUGAUCAGUUUAGGAGAAGCUGCAAGAUAAAGCACCUUGUGAAGCUGCUAAUCAGGCAAAUGUUGCUGAUGUGAUCAUUGUUCAUAACAGUAUUGAAGAAAAUACAGGGGCAUUUCUGAAGAGUGGAAAAAUGUGCCAAAUGUAAAGUUAAAGACUGAUCGUGUGACCACUUAAAUGUUUAGUAAUGUGUAAUUGAGUGCUGCAAACAUAGUUUUAAAAAAUUCAGGUACAUCAACAAGGCACGUGCUUAUCAUAACAGCUAAACUCCACUCAAUGCAGAACGUUACCAUGCUUAUGGCAGGAUGAGGGGAGGGAGUUACUUGAGAAUUUAAUUACAUAUGAGCAUUGCUGGGAUUCAGUGACUGAAACAAAAUUCUAGUAAGAACAUGAAUGUGAUUCAGCCAAUGUAGGAGUUCAUUGAAAAGGGAUUAUUAAGAUAUAUCACUUUUACUAAAAACCAGCUCUUCAGUAUUUUUUUCUUUCUUUCAUCACUAUCCAUUCAUUGUAUAUCCCAAGAUGUUGUUCUAGGUUUAACAGAAGCAACAUGAGUAAAAUGACCAAACAUCUCUUGAAAUGAAACCUAAAUUAUUUUGGAAAACUUUAGUUGUUUUUUUUUUAAAAUGGUUGUCUAUUGUGUUCCAUAAUUUUCUAAACAUAACUGAUUUUCUAUCAGAAAACCAGGUGUGUUAAUGUUUAUUGUAAUGGAUAAACAUGACUGUAAAUGUCAUUUUAAAACUAGAAGGAGUCAUGAUUUGUGAAAAGCACAUAUUUAGCAUAUGGCCCAAAGUUAAAAUGAAAAAUUGAAAAAAGCUGAAAGGGGACUUUUUUGGACAUGAGGGAAAUAAUUCUACUAAACUUUCAGUAUCAAAAAGAGGACAAUUUUUAAAUGUUCAGUUCACCAUUUAAGUUUGUUCCUGAUUAUAUGUGACUUUCAUAUGCCCUGCUUCCAGUAGACCUGUGCUGUCAUGCAUGGUCUCUCUGUGUGUAUUUGUUUGCAUUGUUUUAACGAAAGCAAUGGUGGUGUGAAUGUAAUGUCUUUACUAUAAAACAUUAGUAGUGCAAAGGGACAAGGCACCUGUUUAAAUGGACAAAAGCAAAUAUGGCAAAGGAGUGAAUAUUGGACUGUCCUCUUAAUGAGAGCACAGAAGCAAUUAAACCCCCACUGUCUGUUUCAGUAUCUUCUGGAGACAAUAGCUGGGCAACCAUUCAGUAUGUUAUCAAAGAUCCCUAGGUGACCAACUAUUUGGAUCCUUGUCAAUAGUACCUCCUUCUCUCUGCAGCUGAUUUUCUCUAAACAGGGUGGUCGUCCUUGGUGGAAAUGUCGAACAAACUAGGCAGACGCAAAAGGAAAGGAGGAUUCUUAAGUGAUACUGCCUUUGCUAUUGCUUCUGCUCCUUGAAUCUGACUGCUAAUACAGGUGGAGGGAGGGCUUGAUUUCAUAUAUUCCUUCCUUAAGCGGACAAUGUGGGAGUUAGCCUUUAAUGUUCUUUUAUUGAAAUAAGCAGUCUAUAUAUGCAUAUGGAAGGAAGAGAGAGACAUGGUUACAAACUGACAUGAUAGAGGAAGUUGAUGCUUACAGAAAUCAUACCUGCAGCAAUAAUAUUUCAACAGCACAGUGCUUUGUUCCACAACCUUUCUAAAUAUUAUGGUAAAAAUUGUAUUUAUAUAUAAUAAUGAAUUAGUGGUAGACAUUAUUUUGUUUACUUUGGUCUAGAGAUGGCAUUUAAAAAAGAACAUUCACUUUUGUCCUUUAUUCAGUCUUACAUUUUUAUUGAUAGGCUGCUAUCCUACAAAGACCUGGAGGUAUAACUGGAGCUUCCUCUGUGACUUUUGGAGAACUUUGUCUGCCACUAAUGGGAGAAUGGAAACAGCAUUAAUCUAGAUAUUUGUGGCAGGGGGAACAUCAGCAUAUUUCAUCAUUUUUAUUUUAGGUAUACACCAAGGUAUAUUUUAAACAUUCAGUAGGAUACAAUAUUUAAUUUAUAGUGCCUUGAGUAUAUGUUAGAAAGAAUUUUCUAUCUUGUCUGUUGUACUGCUGUUCUGUCUCUACUCUUAGAUUAGCUGUUAGGCAGUGUGGUUGGAUGUGAUAUCAGUGUCAAUAUUGAAAUUGGGAGUGAAGGACAAGUCUUGGAAGAGACUAUCCCAAUUCAAGUCAGUGCAGAAAGUUUUUUUUUAACUUAAUUGGGGGAAGUAUAACACUGUAUAUCUUCAGGGCUUUGUAGUUAGAAAACUGCAUCUUGGUUUCAAUAUUUUAUCAAGCAUCAGAACAUGCUGUAUGUGAUGCUGUUGUGAAUGUUACGUGUGAAGUGGUUUGAUAUCUAGUGUUAUCUGUAGUAAUAUAAUGAUGCUACAAAGCAAGCACUUCUCAGGCUCCAGUACUAAAGACAGUUGUGAAAAAUGUAUCUGUAAAUGUUUAAAUCCAUUGACUUUAGGGCUAUAUGCAGAAAUGUAUUUUCAUGCUUUCUAUGUUGUUUAUGACUGCCUCAUUCUGACAAAACUUUAGUAGUGUUCACGUGAAACAAAUCUCAUCAGUAUUAAGUCUAGGCUGGGAAUAAUUUGUAGCCUAGGUAUACACUUUGUGUUAAAAUGCAACACAUAUUUGGCACAAACAAUAUAAUGACCAUCAAAAUAAAGGUUAUGUUCAGAAGAGCUAAAUAGGACUGUUUUUGCAACAGAAAGCAAUUGUAGAUCAUGCCUUGUAAGACACAGCUGUUGGGAUGUUUUUAGGAUAAAUCAAUGUACAUAAUUGCUCUUUUUCUAUAAAAGAUGGUAAAGUAGUAGAUAUCAGUAAUGGAUAUCAAAUUAUAUGUUUCAACAUGCGAUAAGAACCAGUAGUGAAGAAACCUGGCCUUAUACUUUUGAACAGGAUACAUCCAACUUGUAUUUUGAAGUGAUUGCAGAGUUAGUUGCUCGGUGCAUUUUAAAAACUGUUUUCUAUAAUAAAACAGGAAUGAAGAAAUCAUAGAAAUGUGUUCCAUAGCAAUAUGUUCUAGAGUAAGACUUGAAAGUUAUAUGUAAGGAGUAAUGUUAAUUGGGACAGUUUUUUCAUGUUCCAAAGGAAUGAAUUUCUGUGUAUUAACCUUGCAAGUUUAUAGUAGUGUGCUUUACUUCAGAAAGAAAAAUCCUUUGUAUGAACAGCAUAACAAUACCUAAAGCUACUGAAGAAAUGAAGGGAAAUAUUUAUACUAAUCUUCCAAAAUUCAUCUGAGUGAAUAAUUAAAUGUGCUAUCUGAGGAGCAUUCUUAAAAAGAACCCAGUGUGAACUUUUAUGCAAUACCGAUGUGUGAAUUGCUAGCAACUGUUUUAAUGACAGUUGGCAAUGUCACGUUAUUCAAAAUAAACUUUUCCAGGUAUUAUUUAGUUCUUUCUUUAAAAUAGCUUAAGUUUCAUGAUGUGAUCUUUAACAUCACAUUGACAUUCUUGGUAUCCUUUAUUUAUUCAGAGCCACAAGUAAAAUUGGUUUGGAUUAAUUUGUAAAAAUAUUGGCCAAAGAGAUGGUUUAGUAUGUGUGUAUUUGUCUGUAAUAUAGCAUUUUAAAUAUAUUUUUCUUGAUUAAAUCUGAGGAAAGCAGUAGUGUUUCCUCUUCAGUUUUGCACUUUGUUAUAUUUUGUUUCAAUAUGAUACUUAUUUCUACUUGAAGCUUGCAUAUUUUUGUUGUAUUGUAAUAUAAUCAAAACAAUCAGCCUUCUGUAUGAUUAAACUGAUUUUUAAAAUUA